AUGGUGUCUGUCGUUCGCAAGCAGAAAUAUCGUAUUCAGCGUGAUAUAAACGCGUUACAACUGCAAAAUAAGCGUGUCACAGCCGAUAUCAAAAAGCGUGCUAAAGAUGGCCGACUGGAUGAGGCUAAAAUUCUCGCAAGAGAACUAGUUAAUUCUCGCAAGGCGGUUUCUAGGUUGUAUGCUGCCGGAGCACACCUGGAUUGUAUCAUCUCCGAGCUGAAUUAUCAAGCAACAACCAGCAAGUUGACCAAUUCCAUUCAGAGUGCAACCUCAGUCAUGAAAUCUAUGUCCGCGUUGAUGAAGGUAAGUCCUUAG